CCGUGAUGAAGGCAGCAUCAGCAGCAGCAGCAGCAGUCUGUGGUUGUUUGAGGCAGCUCGAAGCAGAGGGGCGGGGAGGGGGCGCAGCCGGAGCUCACAUUCAUUAACGACCACCGACAACCGGGAAGCCUCCUCCGGUAGCAUCACAGCGCCUACUGACACACGGCCGGGGAAAAUGGUCGCGGUGCAGACGUCCCCUAGUUUGUCCCCAUCGGCGGAGUGGAUCUGCUGUCUGGAUAAAAGGCCUGCAGAGCGCUCAGGAGAGGAUGUGGAUAUUAUUUUGACCAGACUGAGAGAGGUCAAAGCCUUCCAGAGGUUCCCACCACCGCUCUUACUGCAGAUCUGUGCCUGUGCCUUCUAUGAAUGCUUGGAGAAAGGCAUCACGUUGUUUCGACAGGGAGACAUAGGCACCAGCUGGUAUGCUGUUCUCUCCGGCUCUCUAGAUGUGAAAGUGUCAGAAACCGCCAACCACCAGGAUGCUGUCGCUAUCUGUACACUGGGGAUUGGGACAGCUUUUGGGGAAUCCAUCCUGGACAACACGCCACGCCACGCUACCAUUGUCAGCAGAGAGACCAGCGAGUUGCUUCGAAUCGAACAGAGGGAGUUCAAGACCCUCUGGGAGAAGUAUCGUCAGAGCCUGGCUGGACUGUUGGCCCCUCCUUAUGGAGCUAUGGAGAGUGGAUCCAACAAUGACAGACUCACAGACAAAGACAACAUGAACUCAGACUCUGCAAACAAAGCUCACAACAAGAUUCCCUCAGAGAAGCUGCAGAGAGCGGGAAAGGUUCUCCGCAAUGCCAUCCUGUCCAGAGCCCCGCACAUGAUUCGGGACAGGAAGUACCACCUCAAGACAUACAGACAGUGCUGUGUCGGUACAGAGCUAGUGGAUUGGCUGGUGCUGCAGAGUGCCUGUGUCCUCACACGAUCCCAUGCUGUUGGGAUGUGGCAGGCACUACUAGAGGAAGGGGUACUUAAUCAUGUGGACCAAGAGCUUGGCUUCCAGGACAAGUACCUGUUCUACCGUUUUCUUGACGAUGAGGAGGAGGACACACCGUUGCCUAGUGAGGAGGAGAAGAGGGAAAGUGAGGAAGAGCUGCCAGAGACCAUCCUCUUCCUCGUUCAGAUCGGCCCUGACGCACUUCUGCGCAUGAUCCUCAGGAAAUCGCCUGGUCAGAGGACAGGGGAUGACCUAGAGAUCAUCUAUGAUGAGCUGCUUCACAUUAAGGCCUUAGCUCACCUCUCCAACACUGUGAAGAGGGAACUGGCAAGCGUUGUGAUCUUCGAGUCGCAUGCAAAGGCUGGAACUGUGUUGUUCAACCAAGGAGAAGAGGGCACAUCAUGGUACAUCAUCCAGAAAGGCUCUGUGAAUGUGGUUAUCUAUGGCAAGGGAGUGGUGUGUACGCUUCACGAGGGUGAUGACUUUGGGAAGUUGGCCCUGGUUACAGACUCACCUCGUGCUGCCUCCAUCGUACUGAGAGAGGAUCACUGCCACUUCCUUCGUGUGGACAAGGAAGACUUCAACAGGAUACUCAGGGACGUGGAAGCCAACACAGUGCGUUUGAAAGAGCAUGAACAAGCUGUGCUGGUGUUAGAAAAGAGCCCUCGAGCCUCCACCCUGGGAAGCAUCAAGUACACUGUGAUAUCAGGAACUCCAGAGAAAGUUCUUGAGCACUUCUUGGAGACCAUGAGAAUGGACAUACAUCACAGUGAACCAGACCCAGCAGUGGAUGAUUUUGUCCUCAUGCACUGUGUCUUCAUGCCCAACAGCCAGCUGUGCCCUCUACUCAUGGCACACUACCAUGCGGCGUCUCCUCCUGGCUCUGAACAGGAGAGGUUGGAGUAUGCACUUAACAGUAAGAGGAGAGCCCUCAUUCUGGCCCUGCGCUGGGCUAACACACACACAUACAUGCUACAGGAGGAGCCUGCUGCAAUUUCUUUCCUUGAGGAGUUGUAUGGAAGUUUAUCAAAUGAUUCCCGGAUGCUCAGAGCUCUGAAAGAUUUGGUUCCUGACCUGGAGAAAGUCGUCAAACUACAUUCAGAGGAAGCCAAAGCCACAAAAAAGAAGGCCCUAAUACGACAGUUCAGCAAUGGAGAGGAAAGGCUGCAGAAGAAACAAGCCAUCAGGAAUCAUGAUGACAUCCUAUUGAAGGUGUACUGCAGUGAUCACACUUACACAACUAUCCGAGUGGCUGUGGCAGCGACAGGAAGAGAAGUGAUCAGCGCUGUGGCUGAUAAACUUGGCACCACUGACGAGCUCCUGUUGGUCCACCUCAGCUCUGCAGGUGAAAAAAUAAUCCUGAAGCCUAAUGACGUGUCAGUGUUUUCUACUCUGAGCAUUAACGGUCGAUUAUUUGCCUGUCCUCGAGAUCAGCUCAGCAGUCUGACUCCUCUUCCAGACCAGGAGGGGCCCUCUGCAGGCUCCAUGUCUACUUUUGAGCUGAUGAGUUCUAAGGACCUGGCUUAUCAAAUGACAAUGUUUGACUGGGAGCUCUUCAGUUGUGUACAUGAGCAUGAGCUGCUCUACCACACGUUUGGUCGCCAGAGCUUCAGAAGAACCACGGCUAACAUGGACCUGUUCCUGCGGAGGUUCAACCAAGUUCAGCUGUGGGUGGUCACUGAGGUCUGCCUCUGUGGACAGUUGAGUAAGAGAGUCCAACUCCUAAAGAAGUUCAUCAAGAUAGCUGCACACUGUCGGGAGUUUAAAAACCUGAAUUCAUUCUUUGCUAUCAUUAUGGGGAUGAGCAACCCUGCUGUCAGCAGACUGAGCCAGACAUGGGAGAAACUCCCCACCAAGUUUAAGAAGUUCUACGCAGAGUUUGAGAGCAUGAUGGACCCGUCCAGAAACCACCGGGCGUACAGACUUACUGUUACCAAACUGGAACCACCAAUCAUCCCCUUUAUGCCGCUCCUUCUCAAAGAUAUGACAUUUACACAUGAGGGCAACAAGACAUUCAUUGACAAUAUGGUCAAUUUUGAGAAAAUGCGUAUUAUAGCUAACACAAUACGGCAAGUGAGGCACUGUAGAAGCCAACCUUUCAAUCCCGACAUAUGCCAACCCAACAAGAAUCAGGCGGAGGUACGGGGUUAUGUUAGGAAGCUCUGUGUGAUUGACAACCAGAGGGCACUGACGCAGCUCUCCUACAGGCUGGAGCCUCGGCGGACAUGAGCCCCAAAUCUUCCACCACCAUCGCCUUCUCUGUGAGACUAGAAAAACACACACGUUACUUGGAUAAAAAAAAAAAACAGAAAAAACUCAACACAACUAGACGUUCAGUAGCAAAUCACAACAGUCAAUGACUUUUUACACUAUUACGGACUGCAGAUAAAGGACUGAUACUGUGCCAUUAAAAGCCUCUUCUUCCUGGACAGAAAGAAAUUGUUCAGCUCCUCUCUUGUCGCUGUGUCUCAGUCCCCACACUGAGAGUUUAUACCAUACUAGUUGUUACUGUUUGGGACCUGUUAGAUAGAACUGUAAUGUAUAGAACUUGAAUCAAUAUCCUGCAUGACUGAACUUCAACAAGGCUUUGUGUUCUAUACAGUGGAUUUCUAUCUGAGUGUCCUGUAAUGUCUUGCUACCCCAAACUGAGCCCUAGUUUACACAAUAUUACUGUACCUGCCUGUAAAGCAAACCUUUUCUCUCCUGACAGUCCUACUCGAAAACCAUCCAAACUGUAGUGAAAUCUAGAUUCUUCAUUUUCCCUGACGAAUAUACAGAUAAAUAUGGCGUAUAUAAAAUCUGAAAGUACUUACUUACUUCAUAACCUACAUGAGUGUAUCCAAGUCUUUGAGAGUCUUUAGGAUUUGAUGUCCUUUAGGUGAAUAUCAGUGUCCUUUAACUAGUCAGACACUUCAAAACUACGUAACAGAGUAUUAGCUGGAUUAAAGCCCUAAUGGUGUUACAAACAGGGUUCAAAUCUGUCAAUGUAGUAUUACGUUUUAUUUUUUCUUUGGAGUACAACUCCUGAAGAUAUGAAUCAUUCUAGAUGAUGAUGUUGCUUUGUAGGAUCUGUUCUGAGGUCAGUUGUUAUAACCAAAUUGUACUCCUUUCUGAGGCACUGAUCCUAGAUACAAAGUCUAAAAGCAACUUAUAAUUUGAGGGGAAAUCUUGUCAUCUCUACCAAUUGUGUUCAGUCCGUGUAAAAUUUUUUUUUCUAUAAGUGGGUGUAGAUUUUGAGUGUUCUUGACAAGUGUCAUUAAUUUUCCUUUGAUCUCAGGAGCUUUUGAUGUGAUGGUGUGUGUCGAACUGCCGUGAGGGUUGCUUUUCUCAGAGCGGCCUGUAACUGUACUGUAUGUGUAGUCUGCCUUGUAAAUAAAAAUAGCUAAUUUAA